AUGCUCGCAGCAACGCGACGAUGGUUCAGGCGCAACCGCACACCCAUUGCCAUCGGCUUGGGCGUUAUCGGCGCCGGUUAUGUCGCGACAAGCUAUGUCCUGGGCAAGCUGCGCGAUGCACGCGAGCGCAUGAGCAGCGAUCGCAUCGCCAAGGAGAAUUUGCGUCGCCGCUUCGAGCAGAACCAGGAGGACUGCACCUUCACCGUCCUCGCUCUCCUCCCCACCGCGACCAACAACAUCCUCGAGGCUAUGGACACGGAGAAGAUCUCCCUUGAGAUUCAACAGAUAAAGGGCUCGGCAGCAGCUAGGACUCGCAGCAUCGGGUCCACCAGCCCACCCACCGUGUCCGAGGCAAACGCGACUGACGACGACGGCCGCAGCAUCAUCACGGUGAGCGCCCAGAGCGAAGCCGGCGUGCACACGACACAGCUCUCGGUGGCAACGCCGCCAUCCGCUACGGGCCCGGACAGCGGGACUCUGGGAGGGCCGCAAGGGACACUCUCAACACCGCCAAAGCCACGGAAGACUAAGCGGCAGCUCUGGGGUGACCUGACAAUAAGCUCAAUCACAAGAGCAUACACACUGCUCUACACUCUCGGCCUUCUUACCAUGCUCACCAGAGUACAGCUCAACCUGCUUGGGCGUCGGAGCUACCUCUCCAGCGUCGUCUCUCUUGCGACGGGCGGCGCCCCAGGAACCAUCAGCCUCGAGAACAACGACGACGACAGCCCCGAGCAAGCCUACGGCACGGACUUCGACGUCAACCGCAAGUACCUUACCUUCAGCUGGUGGCUGCUCAACCGCGGCUGGGUCGACGUCAUGCACCGGGUCGAGCAUGCCGUGCGGCAGGUCUUCGGACACCUCAGCCCGCGCGACACGCUGACGCUCGACACCUUCUCCAAGCUCACGUGCGACGUGCGCAGCCUGGUCGAGGGCAACAACUCCGCCUGGCUCCCCUUCCUCCUACCGCCACCGGACAUGGAGGAAUUCGUCCUCCGCGAGUCGGGUGUCCUCGACUCCGACCCGUCGGGAAACCCAACGGACGCAACAACACCACACACUACAGCCCCUUCAUCACCAACCUCGGCCGCCUCCCUUCGUCGCCUGCUGGACGAAACCUCGGACCUGAUAGAGUCCCCCGCCUUCUCGCACGUGCUCACCCAGCUCCUCGACGCCGGCUUCUCCCUCCUCCUCGACCAGAAGCUCGUCCAGGGGGUGCUCGACACGCCAGCAGCCGCCAGCCUCGACCCACUGGGCGGCAGCACGCUGAGCAGCAGCCGCGCGGUCCCCCUGCCCAAGGUCCUCAGCGUGCUGGCCCGCCAGGCGCACGCCAUCGGCAACGGCAUGCCCAACGAAUACCUGCAGGCGAUGGAGUCGGUGCGCGACCUGGAAGGGUUCGCCGCCGUGGUGUACUCGAGUAACUGGCAGGCCGAGAUCGUGGGGGAUGAUGAUGACGUCGCAGGAGGAGGAGGAGGAGGGAGAAGCGAGGGGAAACAGGAGCUGGGCCAGCAGCAACAGCAACAGCGACAGCAGCAGGGUGAAGAGGAGGGGCAGAGACAAAGACAGGGAGGGGACGUGGUGCAGGAGAGUAUGGUCAUGGUAGAUAUACCACCGCGUGCUGAGGAAAAUAAUGAUCCCCAGGCAAGUCUGUUUGAUAGUGUUUGGGAGAAGGCGAGUGCUGGGAAGUGA